AUGAAUAAUAAUAAGCAUGAAAAACUUAUACGAACUUCAAUAUGUAUUGGUCGAAAUCCUCUAUCAUCAACCGUUCGACCACAAACUACCAAAGAUGGUUUAUAUUUAUUACCAAACGAAAUUUUAUUUUGUAUAUUCGAUUAUCUUCUACCUAUCGAUAUUGUUCGAACAUUUCAAUAUGAUUUACAACGAUAUGGUAUGCUUAUUCAACAGCAUAUUGUUAUGAAUGGUUUCAACUUUGUAAACAUAAAAUCGAAUGAUUUUCAUUUAUUACCAAUGUGUUUAUCGUUAAUCGAAAAGCAACAUCUAAGUAUAUGUGUUAACGAUAAUUAUCUAUUAACUGUACUUAAAUUUGUAUCAUCACCCAGUACGCUUAUUGUGAUUCUUAAUACAUCUUUUGAACAAAGUUUUAUAUCAAAGAUUCAAAAUGAAUCUCUCAGGUGUAAGAAAUUAAUACUUGAAUAUACACCUAGCUAUCAUCGUCAAAUGAAUGAUAUCGAUAUUAUGCCAUUACUAUCAGCAUCAGUUAAUACACUCAUUCUACGUAACGUAGUUUUUCUUUUCGAGAAGGCGACAAUAAAUCAUAGUUGCAAUUCAUUACGUCAUAUUCGAUGCAUUUUAAAAAAUGAGAAUGAUCUUCAUAAACUCUUAAUACGAUUUCCUAUACUGAUAUCAAUUGAUAUACGACUUGUAUGUGAUGAAAUACUUGAAGCUUCAACAUUAUUACCAUUACCAAAACAUUUUCGAAUAGAAUAUCCAUAUCAAACAAUACUUAAUCUAAGCAAAUUUCCUCAACGGACCAGAUAUUACGAUCAAACUGUCUAUUCUUUUCCAUGGUUGGAAACAAAUUCUUCUUUAGUACUUCGCUCUUGUAAUCCAGAAAACUAUUUAAACAGUUUUUCUCACUCAUUGUCAUAUAUCCAUCGACUUACGAUUGAAUGUACAUCAGAAGCAUGGUCAUCUGAAUUUGUCAAUUUUCUUCACCAGACAUUCCCAAAUGCACGUACAUUGUAUGCUAUGCAGGAAAAUCAUGGCAGACAACUUGUUAUGACAAUAAUGACGGCAAAUGACAGAAAAAAAGGCCGAUGUACAUUAUGUCAACCGUAUCAUGAAAUGUCAGAUCACUCGACAUCACUUCCAGAAGCAAUACGAUUUAUCAAUAUUGAUCGUGCUUAUAAUUAA